UCUCCUAGAACCUUCCCGCCGGACGAGUGACUGAUAACAACAAACGUUCUUCUUUCAACUUUAGCAGAAGAUGUGGGAACCUCAAAUGUUCUGUUGCUGCGGCGUGAGGCAGGGAAGCAUCCUAAUCGCCUCUUUCGUCUUGCUCUGUUGCCUCGUUGACAUAGGCUCAGCCGUGCUAGGCCUUCCUAGAAACAUCUUCAUUGCUGACUAUCAUGAGGGCUGUAGAGAACGGGACCAGAUGGUUAUGGACGAGGAAAUGUGUCAAAAAAUAGCAGCUAGAAAUCAAAUGACGAAGUCCGUUUUCGUAUCCGUCCGUAUGGCGACAAACGUGAUUCUGAUCGUAGUAUCAAGCAUGCUCAUUCAUGGAGUGAGAAAGGGUAGACCGUGCCUGCUGAUACCCUUCAUGAUUGUGCACGUGAUGGCCAUUGUGAGUCUGAUCCUGGCCACCAUUAUCCAGCUGGUGACCCUAGUAACGGACAACGUGGCCGACUUCAUCGUGCUGUUGGUGAUCGGACCUAUUGGCGUGUGUAUCUUGGUGUACCUGUUAUUCGUCAUUCGAGCGUCUUAUUUGGAAACAAAGCGAUCCAAAAUCCAGGCCUACACAGAGUUUCAUGACGAGGAUGGAAUUUCCUACGGCAUGAGUGAACGACCCUCUUAUCUGCUGAUUGGCUGCUUCAAGGAGCAGACACGCCCAGGCCUGGCGCAUGGCGAGUUGACUUACCAAUAGCAGCUGUAACGGUUCAAGAAUUGGAGAAACACGAAGAUCUGAGCUUUACCAACGGGAAAAUGUAUUUUUGUAAAAUCGUUGCGGAGAAGCUUUACAUUAAGGAGAUUAUCAGGCAGACCAGUAGGCAGAUUAGCUUAAUAUUUAGUUCAUGUAAAUUGACGGGACUCAUUUAUGUUAAUCUUUCAUAUUAGACUGAUUCUGAAUGCUCAUCUUGAACCCAAGGUUGUCCCUAAUGACGUUAUAGAUAGCAAUAUUUCAAUAAGUUGUGAGACGUCAUAAGACAGGUAAUUUAAGAUUUUA